UGUAAAGCGCAGUUCUACACUCAAAGGUUAAUUUUGCAAACAACUUUAUUACUUUUCAACAAUCUUCAUCUUCAUCAAAUUUGACACAGCGCCGUACUAGUAUAUAAGUAGACGCCUCGCCAGAUCCGUGGAGAACAAUCCGAAAAAACAGAAUUCCUCAAGUAGCUCUUAUACACUCUUAUACAUAUAUUAAGACAUAUCAAGCCAAUAUUACUUCCAACAAAAGAAAUUCCACCUGCCGUCUCCGAUAGCGCUGUCGCGAUUAUCUAUUCAAAUAUCUAUCAUGGAGACCGAAAACCCCACGGCGAUACCACUCGAGCAAUCGCCUCACUUACCCAGUACCAAUUCUCAUGACGAAAUAGCGAACCGGGAAGUUCCCAGAAGUCUAGCCGAUGCCGAUGCUGCCCUAGAAACUUCGGACGACGAUGACGAUUUAGACUCCAUCUUCAACGAUUAUGAUGAUAUUGACGAUGGUCUCGGUUCAGAUGGGGAACCAGACAUAACGCGAAACUUUAACCGACAACAACCGCUGCAUUCUAAUCAGCAGAAACCUGUCGCUAACACCGUCGCUAGCGUGGAUGAUCAAAUCACGGCUCUCUCGAGACAUGCUGCUAAGAUACGACUAGACGAUGUCAAGGAGGGACAAGACCGGGAAAAGGAUAAGGCCGAUAGGGCUACGAGCGACCAGGUCCUUGAUCAGAGAACCCGUCUGAUUCUUUACCAGAUGAUCAAUCGUGGCAUAGUCAACGAGAUACAUGGCGCAAUUAGUACGGGCAAGGAGGCCAAUGUAUAUGGUGCUAUCGCCUAUCCUGAUAUCAACGGACCGCCCGUCCACCGCGCUGUCAAGGUCUACAAGACAGCCAUAUUAAGCUUCAAAGACCGCGAGAGAUACAUCACUGGCGAGCACCGCUUUAAGUCCGGCUCCAACAAGGGCAACAGCAGGAAGAUGGUAAAGUUAUGGGCAGAAAAGGAAUAUCGCAACUUGCAGAGGAUAUACUCCGCCGCUAUUCCUUGCCCUGAACCCCUACAGCUUAAACAUCACGUCCUCGUGAUGAGCUUCCUCGGGGAUCAAAAGGGGUACGCGUAUCCGCGAUUGCGCGACGCUAACAUCCCCCGCGAUGAUGCGGAUCAACUCUGGAGAAAACUCUACGUUCAACUCUUGAGUAUCAUGCGACGCAUGUACCAGGUUACGCGGCUAGUACACGCAGAUUUGAGUGAAUACAAUAUUCUAUACAAUGGCGGACAACUCUACAUCAUCGAUGUGUCUCAAAGUGUGGAGCAUGAUCAUCCUCGCUCGCUGGAGUUUCUCCGGAUGGAUAUCAAGAAUACAGGUGCCUUCUUCCGCAGACAAGGAAUCGACACGCUGUCGGAUCGUACCAUCUUUGACUUCAUCACGGAUUCCAAGGGCGCGAUGGAGGAGCCAAGACUAUCAGAAGCGAUAGAAGAACUAUACGCUUCGAGGUCGCAACCUGCUAACGACGAAGCGGCAGCAGCCGAGCUGGAGGUCGACAACGAAGUAUUCCGAAAUCAAUAUAUACCCCAGACACUAGAACAGGUCUACGACAUCGAAAAGGAUGCACAGAAGAUCGGGGAAGGUGAGGGAGACAAGCUCGUCUACAAGAACCUCCUCGCGGACCAGGUAGUGACGAAGCCGAGAGAGGCAAACCAGAGCUCAGAGGACGAGUCGGACGAAGGAGCAGCUCUCGAUAGUGACGACGACGAUGAUGAUGACGAGAGUAGAUUUGAGAAGGGGACACCGCGGGGGAAAAGGUUUGAAGAUAAGGACGAGAAGAAGCAACGCAAGCAAGCGGCCAAGGAGGCCAAGGCUGAGAAGCGGAAAGAAAAAAUGCCGAAGCAUCUUAAGAAACGCCUAGUUGCUGCGACAUCCAGGAAAAACAAGUAGAUCUGAGGCUACAGUCAAAGUAAAAAAAAAGCAACAACGGGGGUUUCGCCUGUCAUUUAGUAUAUAAAUACCAGCGUUAAUACCCUUAAACAUGCAUAGUUCUUCGUGUCCUAGUAUUCGGAAGAGGUGAGUCGUUUAAUCUCGUACUUUUCCAACCCACAAACCAAAAUACUCUAGCAAUCAUAUGACGAAAUCUUCAAACGCACAGUCUAGGCUGGCCACUGCGUUUUUGCCAGCUCCUGGUAAUAACCGUGGCUUGGUUCUUAGCUGGAAUGCGUACUGAGCUAGCUGCCCCCUUUCUUUUGGCGGUAGUUAUAUGCGGAUCAAAGAGAGCCCUGAUGAUUGCUUUUGCUAUCUAUUUUAUUUUAUUAUGUCUACCUAUUUCACUAUCUUCUUCCUUGUAAAAUAUAUUCGUUGAACUGGUUUACUGAAAUCUCUACUUGUGAUUGUGUAGAUAGAGUAUACUUCUCCGCUUGCUUUGCAUGUAAAACGUCUAAGUUAUGACUCGAGACUACGAU